UCAUGUUUUAAGGUCUAAACUUGUAGAUACUUCCUAUAUGAGACUCUCGGGUAUCAAGAUGAAUUCUCUUUUAAUGAGACGAGGAAUUUCGGGGAAAUUGCGAAAUUCCCACAAGCUCAAUCAUACAUCACGUUCGAUCUUCAAUUUCAAAGAUAAUACGAGAUCGUACUCUACUAUCAACGAAGCAUUUAAACCAAACGAUAGGAUUCACGGUUUUCGAGUGGAAGAGACGAGGCGAAUACCAGAACUUCAACUUACAGCAACACAGCUCGUCCACGAGGCGACCGGUGCAGAACACUUGCACAUAGCACGUGAAGAUGAUAACAAUGUUUUUGGCGUAGGAUUUUCUACACCUCCUAGGGAUAGCAGUGGGACACCUCAUAUCUUGGAGCAUACGACGCUUUGUGGUAGUCAGAAAUUUCCCGUGAGAGAUCCAUUCUUUAAGAUGUUAAAUCGUAGUUUGGCUAAUUUUAUGAAUGCCUUCACGGCUGAUGAUUACACCAUAUACCCAUUUUCCACCACUCAUCGGCUGGAUUACGAAAAUCUGAGAGAUGUUUAUAUGGACUCAACAUUUCACCCUAACUUGAAAGAACUUGACUUUCGACAAGAAGGAUGGAGACUAGAACACCAGGUUCCUCAAGAUAGAUCAACACCUCUACAAUUCAAAGGAGUAGUGUAUAAUGAGAUGAAAGGACAAAUGUCAGACGUAGGGUACUUAUUUUGUUCGCAAGUUCAAAAGCACAUGUUUCCAGGAACUGCAUACGAACAUAAUAGCGGUGGUGAACCAAAGUGUAUUACGGAUCUAACGUACGAGGAACUUUUGAGGUUCCACAGAUUCCAUUAUCAUCCAAGUAAUGCAAAGUUUUACACCUAUGGUAAUUUCCCUCUAGAUGAACACUUAAUGGUUAUUGAUGAUAAGAUAAAAAAUUUUGGGAAAUCAGCUCUCGACAAGAGUGCUAAACUUCCAAAUUUGUUCGAGUUUCCAAAGAAAGUGAAAUUCUCUGGGCCUCUUGAUCCAAAUGGGCACGCAUCACCGAUGCACAAAGCAUUAAUAGACUCCAACAUUGGUUCGGGAUUUUCUGAUAACACUGGCUACGAUGGUUCCACCAGAGUAAGCACAAUAUCUAUUGGAUUACAAGGAAUGAGAUCACAAGACAUCGAGUUGGCAGAACAGACUAUCAAGAAAGUAUUCGAGGAUGUGCAUAGAAAUGGAUUUGAUCCUAAACGUAUUGAAGCAGCUUUGCAUCAAUCAGAAUUGAGCAAAAAACACAAAACUGCGGAUUUUGGGUUAAGUUUAAUGCAUGGCCUAAGUUCCGGCUGGUUUAACAAUAUCAAUCCCGCUGACCUUUUGGAAAUUGACAAGAAUAUCAAAAUUUUAAGAGAAAAAAUUAAAUCCGGUCCAUUCUUUCAAUCUCUUGUUGAAAAAUACUUCUUCAACAAUCCUCACACUCUCACCUGCAUAAUGGAGCCCGACCCUAACUUUACUGAAAUUAUCAACGCCGAAGAAUCGAAACGGUUAGAAUCAAAAGUAUCCACUUUGACACCCUCCGAACAAGAACAUAUUUACAAACAGUCAUUGGAAUUGCUUAAGAAGCAAGAAGGAAAGGAGGAUCUAUCGGUAUUACCCACGUUAAAGGUUGAAGAUAUUCCGCUAGAAAUGCAAAGAUUUCCUCUGUAUUUUAAUAAUAUCGAUGGAUGCGAA